ACUAAUUUAUGCAUAAUAUUUCAUCAUCACCCGCCCCUGAAUUACAAUAUUUAGUCUGCGGCGUUGCUGGCGAAUUUGGGGUCAAAUGAAGCCUACCAAAUGACAACUUUCCAGGCAAGUAAAUGGAAUUGGCUAAAUGCAGCUUAGACAGGUGCUAGCCUCAACCCUAAUAUAAUGUGUAUUGGGGACGAUAUCGUCGAGUUUUGUUCGAAAAAGAAACCCCUUAGAAACCAAAACCGGCACAGCAGCACACCGUUCAACAAACAUGCAACACAUGCAACAUACUUGACUCGAUGGACUUUGGAUUCUAGCAGCAUAAGAAAAACAGAAACCCAGGAAAGAAUGAAUGGUAAAUAUAAAGAACUAAAGGAAAACUAAAUGGAUAAUUGGCCCUAGUUCUACUUAGAGCCAAAAACUUUAGUUAGUAGCUGUGAGUACCUCGAGCCAAGCGGACGCGUUUAAGGAAAAUUAAAUACAAUACUACAAUUAUAAAAAAGGAUAUAGAAAUACAAAUUGUACAAAAGGAAUAAAUACCGACACAUAAGGAUUACAAAAGGAUAUUAUUAAAUCUUAUUGAAAACAGGAAUACCAAGCAAGCUAAAGAAUACAAAACUAAAAUCGGUCGAAAUAUUGUACAAAGUUAAUUAAGCCGUUUUCAAGAUGAAGUACUUUGAAUUCCUAAGCCUUUCGUCGGUGGGCCUCUGCAUAGCCUGUGGAGACUUGCUAUUAGCAGUGAGCAUACUGGGUCCUUCGAGCUUCUAUCUUUACCUCGAUUUCAUGGAUAUUGAAAAAUGGGAACAGGAUGCCGAAGUGGAAGCUUUGACUCCCAUUGGAACCUUCUUUUCCACAUUGGUGAACUAUCUGUGGGUGCGGGAGUUCUCGCAGGUUUUCUAUAUGACAGCAACAUUCAUAAUUUGGGUAAAGGCAAUGAUAAACCUAAUGGUGGCCUGUAUUCUUAUCGACGGCAUAAAGCAGAAACGUCUCGUAUGUAUUGCUCCCUGGUUGAUAAACUCAUGUCUAUCAAUGGUUGUUGAAACGUGCAUUUUUGUGAGCCUGGAGCUGCGAAUUGAUGAAGUUGAUGCCGCAGUGGAUCGUCGAAUAGCGAGAAGCCUAAUCUUUGGCGUAUUUAUAGUGCUGAACGCGUUAGUUUCGUAUGGUAUCUAUGCUCUUUAUCGCAAGCUAAAGUCUGAGCCCAGUGAGAAUCUUGAAGUCAUUCCCCAAAGCCCUCCACACACAUUUAAUGCCUAAACAUACUUAGAAGUUAAACUAUUUUCAAGAAAUUUACGUUUUGGAACCGACAAAUAUAAAUGUUUGAAAAAUAAUACAAAUAAAUCUUUUCCUAAGUAUCA